CUGACCAAUGAGAGCAAAAGGGGCGGGGCUUGUUUCUCAUUCCCAAAAGUUUUUAGAACUGUGGAAAGCCGAGAGGACUUGGGUCGACAUCCUUUCACACUUUUUAAGGUGGACUAACAGGACUAACAGUGCUCUCGUCAUGUAUCGCAGUCCCUGUAAGUUGACCAGGCUGGCUCUUGUCCUCAUUUGCUGCAUAACAGGCUGUGAUUGCGAUCUAGUCGUCUUACCCACUGGACCUACCCUGAUCAACGCUUUUGUCGGCCACAACGUGACACUCGGUGUGUCCAUUAGCGGAGUUAGCGCACCUAUUGUAUCAUGGACGAACGGGACGCUAACUUUAGCUACGUGGACUUUGGGCUCUAGCACUUCUCCUGUCAUCGCUCCUGAAUCCCAGGGAGUGUUAUCAGUAGACCAGAGUGGUUCCCUUGUGUUCUGGAACGUUCCACUCAGCUACAACGGAACUUACACAGUGACAGUAACGAAGGUCGGGGCUCGUGUGGCGUAUGUGUACUUUACUCUCUUGGUGUACGAGAGCAUCAUGGAUGUUUCUUUAAACACGGGUCUGCAGGAUGCUGUUGAGGGAGGCCCUACGUUCACUCUGUCUUACAGCUCCAAGCAAGGACAGGCCACAGGAUCACAGUGGUACUUUAACAGCUUGGCAGUGGAAGGCCCUCGGUACUCAAUAACAGGGAAGAGUCUGACCAUAAGGACACCAAGCCGCAAUGACACGGGCCAAUACGAGGUGAUCCUCACCAACCCUUUCAGCAGAGCAACACAACAGAGAAACAUCACAGUGCUGUAUGGGCCAGAUCAGCCGGUUCUGGAGGUCAGUCCAACAAAAGCGGCCUUUGUUUCCGGAGAGACUCUUUCGCUGUCCUGCCGAGCUGAAGGGGAACCUGCCCCCUCGGCCUCCUGGGUUUUUAAUGGACAGGCUCUUCCUACCUCCUCUACUGGAAUGCUCAAACUGACUGAUGUGCAGACAAGCCAAAGUGGGAUAUACACGUGUGUGUUAGUUAACACGAAGACCAGCAACCGUCUUGAGAGGAGCAUCACCAUAGAGGUCCGAGGCCUGAGUGGCUCAGCUAUUGCGGGUAUAGCUGCUGGAAUCCCCUGCGGUUUCCUCCUGCUGCUCUUUUUCCUGGGCCUCAUCGCUCUGUGUUACUUCUGUUAUAAAAAGAAAGAUCGAAAUCCCAGGUAUCCUGUAUCUAGAGCAGUGGAGAAAGCUGUGAACAAACAACCAGAUCUGACCAUACCACAUAAACUACUGACCAACGGGUUUAAACUGCCGCCUGACUAUAAUCUCCUCCGACUCCAGACUUUAUCUGAACGAGCUGGACCGUUGCCGUUAGGGACCGUCCCCGUGAGGAUGGCCACUACCGUAUAACACAGUGAUGUCGAUGCUUAUGUGCCCAAGACCAGAUUCCAGCAAUGAGUAGAUCUACCUCACCUCCUUUGUUUGCCAAAAAUUGAAUGACUUCUUAUAGUCUGAUUAGAGUGAUAUUGAGAUUUAUGAACAUACAUUAUCUAUAUUACCACACAGCCUAUCUGGAUACAUGCUGGAUCAAACAUUUGACAUAAUGGCGACUGUAAAAUCCUAAUAAUAGACUAAUUUUAUCAUAUGCUGUCAAUAGCACAACUAC